UCCAAAACCAAGACUUGGCAGCAGCAGGUGUGAGAAGGGUUCGGCGAAACCGACUAAAUAAACACGUCGCUCGGGAGAUUUCAGUCAUUUUCAUUACACCCAUGGGCAGUGGGAUUGUGGUGCAAUUGGCUCGAAAGUACGGCGCAGUGAUAUUCUUUCCCACUGUUGCAGUCGGCUCGAUAUACGCAGAUUGGUCGCACACCCGCGAGUGGAAACGCCAGCAGCUCCAGUUGGCACACAGCGCCCAGUUGAGGGAUCAGCAAUAG